AUGGCGCAGGGGUCGGGCCCGGCGCGGCCGCGCAGCGCUCAGCAGGAGCCAGAGCUGCAUUCCAUGAUGUUGAGAGGAGUUGCUCGCAGUGCAAAAGAUACAGUCACAUUUCUGUUGGCAAGAUGUCACUGCAGUAGCCCUGCGUUGAAUUUUUUGCCCUUACGACCUGAGGUAACAAACAGAAGCUUCUUAAUCCAUUCAACGUACACAACUGAUACAAAGCCUAGAGAGGAAAAUAAAAAAACCAUUGAGGACCUCCACAGACUGUCCGUCGAUAUUAAGAAAAUACGCAGAGGAAAGGAAUGGGUCCUUCUCCAGGAGGUGGCUUAUGUUCCAGAAAUUGCCAGAAUUCUACAAGAAAUGGGUGCUGAUGAGCCUGCUAUAGCCAGCAUCUUGGAACGCUGCCCAGAGGCAGUGCUGCGUAGUCCUGCAGAGGUGAACUCUCAAAGAGCUCUGUGGCAACUGGUAUGCCAGAAGGAAGACCAGCUGAUUAAAUUAAUAGAGCAGUUUCCAGAUUCUUUCUUCACUACUGGGUAUCACGAGAACCAGAAAGCAAAUAUUCUGUUUUUUCAGGAACUGGGACUUAAAAAUAAUAUAAUCACCAGGUUCUUGACGAGCGCACCCAAUAUCUUCCACAAUCCAGCUGAGAAAAACAAACACAUGAUAGAGACGUUACAGAGAAAUUACUUAAGUUUAGGAGGUUCUGAUGCAAAUAUGAAGAUCUGGAUACUGAAGUUACUGAGCCAAAAUCCAUUUAUUUUGUUAAGUACCUCCUCGGCAAUUCAGGAAAACUUAGAAUUUCUACAGAAGAGUGAUUUCACCGACCACGAAGUCCUACAGCUGCUGUCCAAACUUAAAGGUUUUAUUUUUCAGCUUACACCCUCCACUAUGCAGAAGAGCAUGCUUUUCUCCAAAAAUGUCUUUAAGUGCAGCGAUCAAGAAUUCAAACAACUGGUGCUGAAAUGCCCAGCCCUUCUCUACUAUUCCGUUCCUAUUCUGGAAGAAAGACUUGAGGGACUGCUGAAGGAAGGAAUUUCUAUAGCGCAGAUUAGAGAGACACCAAUGGUGCUGGAGUUGACAACACAAAUUGUUCAGUACAGGAUUAAAAAACUCUCUGCUUUGGGAUACAAUAUAAAGAGUGGAAAUCUAGAAAACUUGAAUGGUACUAAGAAAGACUUUGAAGCAAAUUAUGGUAAGAUACAAUCAAAGAAGGAGAGACCGAUGUUUAAUCCUGUUGCUCCUCUGAACAUUGAAGAUUAAUUUGAAAACUGUACUUAAAAUUAUGCAAUAGAGAAUGAUCAAAGAGAAAAGAAGUUUUGGUUCUUUGAUAGGAGUUGAAGCAAAAAUCAUCUUAACCAGGUUGUAGCCUUAUGCUUUCCUUUGUCGUGGAGCGGGCUUUACGCACAACUUCAUUAUAAAAUUGUGGCUUUUUAAUGCUGGUUAUGGGAAAGGUUGAUUAAUCCUUUACAUAAGGAUUAUUUUUUUUCCCCCUGGGAGCAUCUUACGUAUCUUUUUGGUUCUGAUUUCCUUAUCUGCCUGGCCUCUAGCUUCUGUGGCUUUUCAGCUCCAUCUCUGCACUGUCUGUGGUAGUGCUUAGCUUAAUCUUUAUCUGAGAAAGAAAAGGAGGAUUAUUUUGCCAGUAAUAUGAAUCCACCCACUGGUCCACUGCCUUUGGAGAUGUAUAUCGAGUUCCAUUCCUUUCUGCUGCAGGAAGUGGCUACAGCUCCUGCAUCCUGAAUUGAAGAAUUGAAGCAGAUGUGACUUGUGGGUGGCAGGACCCAGCUACAGCAUAGUCUGAAAACAGGCAGAAUACAGCAUUUGUAUUUAGCAGCUGCUAUGGUAAUACCGUAGUGUGUUCAUUUACAAACCAUACCGCAAAGAAACUAUAAGACAACCUCCUUGAAAUUUUCAUGACUAUAGAAACUGACUCCUUUUGCAAAAGGAUGGGGGGCAGAAGGAAAUACAUUUAUUGCUGUUACGUGGUUGUUCAUUUCUUCUUUUCUAGCAAGGCAUGGGGAGAGAAAAGGCUACAGAGUGACUUAGAUGAGUCUCACAUGACUAAAAGAGAAAGGGAAAAGUCCCAUUUUUGUAUGGGUAUAACAGAACUAGAGUCUGAGCACACAGGUGAUUUAAAGUGACCAUCAGAUUUGCAAAUAGCUGCCGUAGUUUCUAAGUAUAUGGGUGACGGUUUCUCAUGUAUCACUGUAAUUGUUGACAAGUGCUGGCUUUUAAAAUAGUACCUGUCCUAAAGUGUUUAAAUCCUUGGGGGAUUUUUAUUUCUUUUCAUUUAUGGGCUGUGAAUAAUAAUUAAAAAAUAGUAGCACCA